AUGCAAUCGUUUAAAAGGUGUAAUUUAUAUAAUAAAAAUAUUAAAAUUUGGGAAAAUCUAAAUAAAUAAAUAUCUUUAAUCCAAUAACUAUUCUAAAAAUAAACAACAAAUCUUGCAAAGUGUAUUUUUAUCAAUCAAUCUUUAGUUAAUUAAAUUUCCUUUUAAGCAUAAAUGCAUGAUCGAAAAUCAAAUAUGAAUGAAGUCUAUACAAGUAGAAUGGCAUUAGUAUUAUAUUUUUACUAUAAUUUUAAGAUGAUAAAACCCUUAAGAAGCCUCUUUGUACUUUCAAUUUAAGAAUUUAAAUAGUAUUGA